AUGAAUAAACCAGCGUGUGCCAAAAAUAGGAUUUCAGGUGAACGCGAAAAGUUAACUUCCACGAAGGACGGGGAUGAUGACGAGAAGAGUGAUGACUCGCAUAAACAAAUUGUCGUCGUCAACAGGACAAUUAAGUCGAAAAUAUUUUUAGAUUCAAGCAAGGGGAAAAAAGAGGAAAAGAAAUGCACCAGCUAUGUGCGUAAUGCCAAGGGUCCUGUUAGCAAAUUAGAAAAAAAAAAAAAUGGAAAUCCAUGUGGUGAUGCCCCACUAACACAAAUCAUAAAAAGGGAUGAUAAUAAUAAUAAUAAUAAAACGGGUAACUUUAUAAAGGCUGCUUUUACCUCUUCCCAAUUUAGAGGCCUGCAGGGCGGCCAUUCCACGGUUAUACCUAAGCAUCAGAAAUUUGUGCAAAGAUCGGAACAGAAAAACCACAUAGGAGGAUCGCCCAAUGAAAAGAGAGAAUGUGUAGAUCAUGACUUCUUUAAUGAACUAACGAAUAGCACCUGUGUAAAGAACAAGGAAUCUAUUAAUGACAAUGUGUGUGAUGAUCCUAGUAGGGCGACCUCACAUGAAGCAACAAAAGAAAUGGAUCUGCAUAAUGGGAACAAGAAAAAAGUCGGUAAAUUGGGGAGAGACACCCACUUCAACAAAGUGAAUGAAGAAACUGAAGUGGAUUAUCUUCCUCCCUGCCAUAGAGGGAAGUAUCCAUUAGAAGAACGAUCAAGUCACUCUUCUCAACACAAUAAAGUGGAAUAUCCCUGGGCAGAUGAUCCACCUCUUCGAGGAGCAAAUCCAAGUGUCCAUUUCGCACUAGCGAGUGAAGAAGAAGAUGCUUUUACGGCCCAUCCGAAUGAUGAAGCUACCUCACCCGUUAUAAAAUAUGACCAAUUUGAGUUGUACGAAAUAGACAGGGAGAUCGAAAAAAUUACAGAAGAAGAAAAUAAGAUACAAGAAAAGUUAAUUUAUUUGACUAACCAAGAGCUAGACCUUGUUAUCAAGAUGAAGCAGAUGCGUGGUGCCAGAAUGCUCAGUCAGAAGGAGGGACAAACAGUUGAAUGGGAUAGGGUCAGUCACAAUGCGGAUAAGGGAUAG